UUGCUUUUUAGUCAACACACGCACUUUGUUCAGUGAUGACGGUGGUAGCAGGUUCUCGUGCACGAAUCCAAUAAGAAUCCUGUGUGGAAGAGAUCAAGAAGAUACCGUGUAGCCCCUGACUUAUCAACGACAUCCAGGUGGAGGUGUGUGCGAAUGAAAACAGCUGGAAGGAUUUAGAAAUCUCUGGGCAUUGGUUUUUUUUGUGUGAAAUAAAAAAAAAAGAGAAAAAGAAUAUUUGGCAAAGCCUCCAUAGACACUCGGGAAAACUUUUGCAUGGUCGCAGGAGGCGUGUGUGAAAAACUGUGUUGAAUUGUUUGUGUGGUGGUGAAAAUUCCACGGGGGAAUUUUCAUUCGCAAGUGUGUUUGUUUAUCCGGGAGGGAAACAGAGCCGCUGGCCAUUUUUUUUCUGUGUUUUCCGGCUCUUUUGAAGGACUUGAGUGGACUUUUGGGGUGACACGGAGAGAUCCGAAGGGCCCCCAGAGGGUGUAUUUUCAAGUGCGUGAGAGGUUAAGCAAUCCCACCAAGUGAUUUUUCAUUCGAGGACAAUGGCGUUCAAUGGUGGAAAUAGCGGCGGCAGCAGCACCAGCAGCGGCGGCACCGACGGGCCCCACAACAAGCGACUCUGCACCCGAAAUUCGACAGACAACGCCACCACUGAGGGUGGACACACUAACAACAAGACUAUCAUUGGAAACAAUACAGCAGAUGAGCCAAGGAGAAAAAGACACGAUUUGGCCAGACCAAAUCACAUUCUUCUAUUCACAGUCAUCAAUCCUCUUUAUCCCAUCACAGUGGAGGUUCUUCACACCAUUUCACAUCCAUACGGUCAAGUGCAGCGCAUUGUGAUAUUUAAGAAGAAUGGCGUCCAAGCGAUGGUUGAAUUUGACAGUAUUGAAUCUGCCACAAGAGCCCGUGAUAAUCUCAAUGGAGCUGACAUCUAUUCAGGAUGCUGCACACUCAAGAUUGAUUACGCAAAGCCUGAGAAGUUGAAUGUGUAUAAAAAUGACAGCGAUACAAGCUGGGAUUUCACAUUAACUGUGAAAGAUGUGGGUAAUGGAAGAUCACCUUUACUUCAAGAUCCACUCUACGGAUCACGCCCGCAGCCAUACACCAAGACAAUGGGUGAACCAGUAGGCAGAAAGAACAAGCCUCCACUUUUGGGUCCAGGAUCAGCGGGUUUCGCAGGAUACGGACCACCAGACUUCCACCAGGCCACAGAAAGCUGGAAACAACCUCCAACACAUGCAGGCAUCAUCAAGGAGACACCAGGCAUGGGACCGGCCACGAGAAAUCCCAGUGUGAAUUUCGUAUCACAGGGACAACAGCAGGGUGCUGUGAUGAUGGUAUAUGGCCUCGAUGGACAGACAUCAAACACAGAGAAGCUCUUCAAUUUGGUCUGUCUGUAUGGGAAUGUUGCAAGGAUAAAGUUCUUGAAAACCAAAGAGGGAACCGCCAUGGUUCAAAUGGGCGAUUCUGUGGCUGUUGAACGGUGUGUUCAACAUCUAAAUAACAUUCCCGUCGGUAAUAGUGGCAAAUUACAGAUUGCCUUCUCAAAGCAAAAUUUCCUGUCCGAGGUCACAAAUCCAUUCAGUCUUCCAGAUCAUACGCCCAGCUUCAAAGAAUUUACCGGAUCGAAGAACAAUCGUUUUUUGUCACCAACACAGGCGAGUAAGAAUCGCAUUCAACCUCCGAGCAAGAUAUUGCACUUUUUCAAUACACCACCGGGACUCACCGAGGAACAAUUGAUAGGGAUUUUCAACAUAAAAGAAGUUCCACCGACUGCUGUAAGAAUGUUUCCUCUGAAGACGGAACGCUCAUCUUCUGGCCUAAUUGAAUUCUCCAGUGUGGCUCAAGCCGUUUUGGCCAUCAUGAAGUGCAAUCAUAUCCCGAUCGAGAGCAAAGGCACUAAAUUCCCCUUCAUCAUGAAGCUGUGCUUCUCCUCAUCUAAGAGCAUGAAUGGCACCUGGUCGGCCGAAAAUAAUGGUGAGAAAAUGAAUGGGGAAAAUUAGGCGGCAAAUAAUCUGCAAUCGUCCGAAACAACCCCCAUUCAUAGCAUCCAGCACCGAAAUUUAUUGUCCUCUUUGGAGGUACAAUGACGCGUAAAUCUUACAAGUGUUGUAUUGACAAAUGACAGAUAUGUCAAUAUCUCAUGAAAGGUGUUUUUUUUUAAGUUUAAGAAAGAAAAAAAAACACAUCAAACUCUCUUAUGAAAAGAGAGGAAAAGAAGCAAAUUUUGCAGAUACUCCUUCAGCAAUAUCAGUUUGAAAGAAAAAAAAAUUAAAAUAGUGACGAAAUACUGAGAAAUUUACCAUAUCAGAAAGAUGGUAUACUUAAAGAGAGAGUGAGGAAAAUAAUUUUCAAAAAAAAAACAACUAAUAAAUAAAAAAAAAUAUUGCGUGUGUUAUCAAAAUUAAUGAUUUUUUUAAACUAACAAAUUAUUGUACAAUUACUUGUUUAAUUUUAUUUCAUUUCAUCCUUCUAUAUUUUAUUCAUAAUAUCCCACAUUUAUUUUAAAAUAAAAAGGAUUAGACAUUGAAGAAAUAAAAGAAGUUAAGUAGGAGUAGAAGAAAAAUUAAUGUGGAAUAGAAUGUGAUGUAAAGUAACAUCACACUUUAGCAAUUAAUAAGUUCCUUUUUGUUACGAUUUGUUCUCCCUCCUUCUUUUUUAUUAUUGCAAAGUUUUUUAUUUUAAUUUUAUGGACUAACUUAAUUUAUUUGUCUGUUAUAUGAGUUGUGAAGUUUUAAUGAGGAACGUGCGAAAGAAAGUGAAAAAAAGAAGAUGGAGCGAUAAAAUUCAAAGAGAAUGGAAAGUAAAUCAGCUAAAAUAAAUAGAGUAAUAUAUUGAAAUAAUUAUUAGUGAAAAGCGGUAUUUUAUUGCAAUAAGAAUUCAAUCUUUUAUUUAUGUCUAGCUAGACGAUUUUUAGUGGUUUUUAUUUGAAAAAAACACAAAAAAAAACUUCUGACGAAAACUAAAGACGUUUUAUUUGUCAUAUUUGUUCUAAAAUCUAAAUGUACUUUAGUGUGCGUUUUACCCUGGUUUAUUCUUUUAAUUUUUCAUUAAUUUAUUAAGAGUUUUCAAGUUCCCUCUAACAAUAUAUUUAUUAUUUCUUUGCGACUCUAUCAAGAGGACGAUAACAGAAAUUAAACGACACGUCUCACAGACUUUAGGAAUUUAAUUCAAUUUCGAAAUUAUAAACUGUCAAAUUCGAACUUCUGACCAGAAGAAAAAUCUCCGGAAUUUGAUUGUUUUCUUUAAAAAAAAAUAUGACAGGAACUUCAUUUGAAUGGUUUUCGAAAAUUAAGUUCGAAACGCAAUAAAGCGUUACUGUCCUUUCUAUGGCAGCUUUAACUAUUUCGCAGGAAACUGUCAUAAAAAUCCCUAAGACAAAGUUAAUGCUGGACUAUCUUUGCAAUAUUUUUAGACCCAAAAUAAAGAUAACUGGAAGGUAUUGGCUACCAGACUUAUGGAAUUCCACUACUGUCUAUUUCCGAAAAUGAAAUGACUAUAUGGACCUAAGUGAAUCUGACAGCCAAAACAUGAAACAAAAGAAGAAAAAGAAGUCGGAUUUCGAAGUUUUGAAUUGUUAAAUCCAGAAUUCCAAAUAUUUUGAGGACUCGAAAAUACUUUUGAUACUUUGCAUUUUUUACUUGCGGACACAACAACACUACAUCAAUUUCUGCUCUUAUUUUUGAUGUUGUUGACGUUCUCUGAAACAAUAACCUUUGAAAAGAAAAUGAGAUAUUAGUACGCUUUGCCAAAUAUAAACACCUGAACUAAGAGCAAAAAGCAAUUGACCGAUCAAUUGUUCUUUCUUUGACAGUCUCAUGUCACAGUGUUCGUUAAAAUGCUCUUUUUAAAUGUAGUGUUCGAAAAAUGUUCGAAAUUUCAUCGACAAUCUUUUUUGUCAGCUGCUGUGGGAAAAGUCAAAGUAAGCGAGUGUUUACUAUAAAAACUUGAGAUUUAUUUAAAAUAAAUCGAAAACAUUAAUGAAAUUUGAUCUUAAGUAUAAAAUACAUUGAUUUGGGAGACCUAAAAAAUUUCCCAUUUUUCGUAUUUUCAAUAUUUUUCGCCCACUAGAGGCGCUACAGUCAUCGUAUUCCAAAAAUUCCAGAUACGAAAGACAAUGAAGGCAUCAUAUUGACAUUUCCAUUGCUUCUUCGAAAAGCAAUGAAAAAAGCAAAAAGUCCAGUAUUUUUACUGUAAUUAUGUCUCAUUAAAAAACUACUGACAUUUCGUAGAUAUUUUAUUUUAAUAGGCGUAUUUGUUGGCUUUCGUGAUUUUUUUUCUUUUGAGAAGCUUUAUUUAAGCAUAGCCGAAUUUCACAUUGCAAAGAGGAAGUUUUCUAUUUACGAAAUACCGAAUUGUUCAAUUUGGACUUUCAAGGAUUUCGAAGGUUCGAAAAAUCGGAUUUGUAAUGCUAUUUCCAAAUCGAUAACAAUUAGUUUGAUGUCACAUUUUCGAAUUUUUUGUAGCUUCCAGAAGUAAACUGUGGAAAGUCUUGUUUCAUAGCGAAAAUCUUGGAAGCGUUGGAAAUUUCUUUGCUAAAAUUCGAAAAUUGGAGAUUUUCAAAGAUUUCAAAGGUUCGAAAAUUCGGAUUUGUAAUGCUAUUUUCACAUCGAUAUCAUUUAGUUUGAUGUCACAUUUUCGAAAUUUUUUUAGCUUUCAGAACUAAACUGUGGAAUGCCUUGUUUCAUAACGAAAAUCUUGGAAGCAUUGGAAAUUUCUUUGCUAAAAUUCGAAAACUGGAGAUUUUCAAAGAUUUCGAAGGUUCGAAAAUUCGGAUUUGUAAUGCUAUUUUCACAUCGAUAUCAAUUAGUUUGAUGUCACAUUUUCGAAAUUUUUUUAGCUUUCAGAAGUAAACUGUGGAAAGUCUUGUUUCAUAACGAAAAUCUUGAAAGCAUUGGAAAUUUCUUUGCUAAAAUUCGAAAACUGGAGAUUUCUUUUAAUAAAAAUACUAUACUUUUCUAUAAGUAUUUGUCAAAUAACUACAAGUCUACUGGUUUUUUUAAUCUGAUAUUUUUUCUUCUUUUCCAAUUGGACAUAUGGAAAUUUUCGCUGGAAUUCCGUAAUUUUUCCAAUGGCCAAUUCAAUCCAAUCGUGAUUCCGUGACUUUUUCCCGAGUUUUUUUCAGUUCCAAUGGAAUAUGGCUGGAAAUUUCAAUAUUCCAGUACUAAAUUCCUGAGCUUUUUCAGUAAUAAAAAUCUUCUAUUUCCAGUUGAAAAAUGUUCGUAGACUAAAAGUUUAUGUUUGAAUAGUCCAAUCGGUACUUUUUUCGCAUUUUCUCAGUUCCAAAUGAACAUGACUGGAAGUUUCGAUAUUCCAGUGUGUAAUUUGUUUAAUUCCUUAAGUCUGUAGGACACGACAAAUGAGAUGAAAAAACUUAAUUGAUUGGAAAGUAUUAUUAAAGUUAAUCGCUAAAAAGUAAUAAUAAAAUAUAUUAUUAUUUCUAACAUAUCUCUGAGGAAAUAUAAAAUCGUAGAAAGAUUGAGAAUAUUUCAUGAAUUAAAAAAAAAUCAAUGGGAAAAUAAGAAAAAAAUACACAAUGUGGUCCAAUAUUUAAUGAAGAAAUAUCACUAUAGAGCAAAGUAAAAAAAAAAGAGAUAAAAGAGAAACCCUUAAGGAUGAAAAAAAGUGUAAAUAGAACAACUUUUAACUUUUUUGAUGACUCACCCAGAGUUUAUUAUAUUGAAUCUUAACUAAAUUACACUCUCUUUACAAAGAAAAUAAAAGAAGUAAAAAAAAUAGAUGAGAAAUCCUAUUUAAUGAGGAAAUAAGAGAAUUACUGUAAUUUUUAAUGAGAAUUUUUAAGGGACAAAGAGAUAAGAACAAAAAAUAGUGCAAAACUUGAAAGUCGUGCAAUAUUUUCUGAAGAUGAAUUUAGAGAGGAGACUUGAAGAUAAACGAACCAACUUGUUGAGCAAAAAGCGUUAAAAUGAAAUUCAAAAAAAAACGUGUUUAAAAGCAAGAAUUAAAAAUGAUCAAUGGAAUAAGGAAAAAAACAAAAAAAUAUUAGAAUAUAUUUGUGAUUGGAAAACAUAUCACAAAUUUAUUUCGAAAGCAUUUUAGGCAUUUUUUCUUAAAUAUUUUUUUUCCUUUUUUUCAAUUUCUUUUAAAAAGAAUUUGAAAAAAAACAAUAAGAAAAAACAAGAAAUGUUUCUUUCGUUGAAGAGAAAAAAAAACAACACACAUGAAAAAAAGACACAAUGACCAGAAGAAACAACAUUAGAAAAGAAAAAUAUAUCAAAAAAAAAUUAUUCUAACCUAGAAAAAUUACCGUGCAAGGGAUAUCACACAGAAAAUAGUAAAAUUGCUGCUACGAUAAAAUGUCUGUGUACUUUAGACGCAUAUCUUUGUAGUGUUUUAGCCAAUAUGUCGCGAAUGGGAAAGAACCAGAAGGGAUUAAAAUCAAGUGAAUAAAAUAAAAUGAAAUUUAAGAAAUAUCACUUUUAGAUAAUAAAAAAAUAACAUUAUAAAAAAAAGAAGAAAAUCAUAAAAAGCUGUAGCCAUAAUAAACAUGCCAAACAUGUCUUUUGGAAUGGUUAAGGUUGAUGACGAGAAAAUUUUUAGGAGAAUUGAAAAAAAAACUUCACCGUUGGAUAGAACUUUAGACUGGCCGGGAAAAUCUCAUUGAAAAUUAUUCUACAGUAACAUCAAUUUUUAGUCAAAGAGGAAAAAAAUAGCAGAGAUAUGUAAUUUGUAAGUAAAAGUAGCCUCCGAAUGUCUGGCCUAAAGUAAAAAAAAAACAACCAAAUGAUAAUGAAAUUCUAACUCACGGAGUUUGUAAGGACAUAUUUAUAGAAAAAAAACACAUCAUAUUGAGAUACCCAAAAGGACAUUUUUCAGAAAGGAAAAAAAAACAAUUAACAAAAUGAGGAUUAGAAAAUCUUUUUGAUAGAAAUAAAAAUCUAACAUUUUCUCAUAAAAUUCAUAUAUACGUAUAUUGAAAAAAAACAGAAAACACCCAUUUUUUGCUACUCACCCCACCUAAUGAAAAAAAGAAAGUUUUCUUCAUAAAAAAAAAUAGACCAGAAAGAAAGGAACAUUAAAAUCUCCAUUCUCUAUAUUCGUCUAAAACAAAAAAAAAACUGAAGGAAGUUAUAAAUAGAAAGGUAUAUAUAUUUUAAGCUGAAUAUUUCAAGUUACUGUAAAAGAAUAAAAAGAAAAAAAAGUAUGUGAAACACAUUUUAAAUAGUAAACACAUAAAAAAUAAGUAUGGUAGAUUUUAAACAUCCAUUUGAAGAAUAAUCUUCAUUCAGAAAAUUCCUAUCUUAGCCCUGUCCUUCCUCCCCCUGAUUUAAUUUCCUCAACACUUCACCACCUCAGCCCCUGCUCCCUCCUACUUGUACAUAAAACGAAUUCAAGAAUAACAAAAAAAAAACACAAAACAGAAAACAACCCGAUUUAAUCCACAAUGAAGAAAUCUAUCCAACUGUUGCUGUUCUUUAUCGUAAACAAUACUAGCUAUAUUUAAUGAUGAAAGAAAAAUGAAGGAAAAAAUACUGUAUUCAAAGGAAGCUAACGAAAAAAUGAAAUAUGUGUUUUAAAACAAAUUCUUAAUCUAUUUAAAGCUCUAUGAAAAAAAAAUCCUGCAAACUUCUUUGCCACUUGUAGCUCAAUCGAUAAGAGAAUGAACUUGCAGUGACGAGCAAUUCUCACUUAACCCAUUAUAUGUAUUUUAGUAUAUUCAUUUUUCAAGUUUCAAAAUCAGAAAAGUAACUGUUUGAGUCUAGGAAGUCAUUUGAAAGUUUUCGAAGAUCAAUCGGAAAUCUAAAGCAGAGUUUACGUAUUUACCGCGUGAUCGCUAAUAGUUUAACAAAAAAGCUAUAUAUACUUUUCGUUUCGUCCGCGAGGUGGCUGAAAAAUUUCCUGUUAGAAUUUCGAAGUGUCUCAAGUGUCGACAUGUCUCAGUCCUUUGUUGUGAACAAAAACUAUCUCGUCAAAUUAUUGCUCUACCUGCCGAUUUUACUCGGAGGUUUUUUGAAUUGUAACGGUAUAUUCUAGUACAUUUAGAGAAAUUCUGUAGAUUUUCGGCAGAAUUUCGACGUAGAAAAUCUGUGAAUUUUCGGCAGACAUUCUUCCGAAAAUCUGCAGAUUUUCGGCAGAAUUUCUGCAUAGGAAAUCUGCAUAGUCUCCAUUGUCUCGACAAAAAUAUUGUAGAUUUAUCAAGAAACUGUAGAAGUUACAAAGAAAAUGGUAUGCUCUGUUUAACGAGCAUUUCCGAUUAAACAUUUUAGAUGAGUAAAAAGAUUCAAGCAAAAAUACAAAUUUCUUAAAAAUCGCCCAUGGAAUGAUACAAAAACACGAAAUUUAGGUCGACACUCUGCUUAAAGUUUUCACUUCAUAAUUCUCUACUUAUAACACGACGUCGCAGAAUUCUUUAUUUUAUAUAACCACUGUAAUUUCACCAAGAAUAACUCUAUUGAAUUUUGCAAACAAAAUUCUAUGAAAAAUAUUCCAUCUUUUCUGACACAGCUGUCUAGAAUGUAGAAAAAAAAUCUACAGGAAAUCGGCAAAAUAUCUACAGAAAUUCGUCAGAGUAUGCACCAGGAUUCGUCAGAAAAUCUGCAAAAAUUUCUGACGAAUUUUUUCCCAAGCCCAAAUAGAAUUCGUAGGAAUAUCUACAGAUUUCUCGGCAGAUUUUCGGCAGAGGUGUAGAUAUUUUCUGCAGAAAUCUUAAAGAUAUCUGACGAAAUUAUUUGACGGGAAAUGUUAAGAAUAUCGAAAAUUCGAAAUGGCAGAACAGAUAGCGCUAAAGCGGCGAAUGUGUAAAUUUGCACUUUAUAGACUUCUGGUCGAUUUUCGAAUACGUUUAGCUUGGUCUUCCAGUGGCUUUGUGUCUCCGAAAGGUUAUUACUGAGCAGAGCCUCUUCGAAUUUUCGAUGUUUUGCUCAGCCUUAAAAUACUAAUUGGAAAACAAGUUUCCACAAUUUCGAUAUUUCUUCAAUCUUUUAGCUUUCAUUCCCAAAUCUUAAUAAUUUAAAAUUUUUAUUCGAAAUUAAAAAAAAAAAAAACAUUACGAACAUACAUUAAAGAGAAUAUGGACACAAAUUUGUUGAUUUUCAUUAGAUUUUCAGUGACAGUUUUUAUCAAAAUAGAACUUUUAAGUCUUUAACGGUCCGUAAACAUAUCCAGAGAGCCAAUUUCACGAUUUUUGAUCAAAAUAGCUUAGCACAGGAAUUAUUCGAGCUCCUGCAAAAAAAAUCCUAGAUUUGGACAUCGUUAAAGCUUGCAAAAUUUUACUUUUGAUUAACAUUUUAGUGUUGUCUUAUUUCAGAGUUUCAAAUUUUAACAUUUUUGGUCUUAGGCUUCCGACAUUUUUGGUCUUAGGUCGAAUCGACUAAGCCUAAACCUGAAUCGAAUAAUGACUCAGCCAAAUGUUUCAUUAAUUUUAAUGAAAUUUUUGACAAAAUUCACAAUGUAAUUUAAGUGAAACUUAAAAAAAAUCAAACGAAAAACUAAAUUUACUCUUCAGAAGGCCUAAAAUUUUAAAAAAGAAAAUGAAGGGCUUAAAUUGUUUUUAAAUGAGAAACUAUUACGUUUUAUUAAUUUGUGUUAUUAAGCUUUACAAAGGCUUAAGUUCGUUCACUUAUUUUAAAUAUACAUGGAGAAACUUCAUAUCUCAAAAGCAAUGAUUUGCCCCUCACUGUGAGCUCUUAAGAAAUUUUAAAUUUAGUGAAAAAAAUCCUUUCCUCAACAUUUAAUAUUUCCAACCGAUCCUUUCGAUUGAGCAUCAAGACAGCAGCUUUGCAAUGAAAAAAAAAACUGUUAGAAAUGUGUGUAAUAUAUUUAAGAACAGAAGAAAACGAAGGAGAAGAAAAUCAACUAAAUUAGUAAAGAAAAAAAAAACAAUGAUAAAAGAGGAAAAAAUUGACAAUAGUUUUUAAACGUGACAUAAACUUUAAACAUAUCUCUUUGAUGAAAGAAAAUUUAAAACAAAAAAAAUACGUGAGGAAAUACUAAAAGUUUUUUUUUUAAUUUUAUUAUUAAUAUAGAAAAAAAUGUGAAGCAAAAAUACUUAAAUGUCUGUGUGUACUUAAUGAAGAAAACAAAAAUAAUUUUUCAAUGUGUAAUUUUUGCAUAAUUUGCCAUUGGAAAACAAGUGUUAAGUAAAAAAAAAUAUGUGCAAAAAAUAUGAAAUGAAAAAAAACUGGGAGAAAUUAAGCUUUAGAGGAAAGUUGGCGAAUCUCUUCUAAAUGCGAUAAAAUUUUCCUUGCAUUCUUCACCCACCUUUAAACAGUACCUUCGCUGUUCAAAACUAAUUAAAAAGAAAACAGUAAAAGAAGAACAAGACGAAAAAGAUGAGGAUAAAAGGGAGGUAGAUAGAAAGAAUGUGUUACAAUUGCAAUGGCAAAAAUAAUGAAGGAGAAAACAGAAUAGUUUAAAUAUGAAAAAAAUAUAUCUGUGCGCUUUUUUCUAACUAUUUUAAUGAUGAAGAUGAGAAAAAAAAACUAACACAAAAAUACCAAAAAAAAAAUCGUAAAGUAACAAUUAACUAAAAAUCAUUGUCGUCAUUUGAAACUUCCUCUUAUCCCUGCCCCAAAAGAAAUUCACGUGUAAUUAAAAGUAAUUAUAAAAGAAAAA